AUGCGUUCAUCCCGCAACGUCUACGGUCGUGAGACCAUCCCGCUGAGCCAAGUGGAUCCUCACGCACCGCUGCACCACCUGCGGGAGUUUAUGACUGCUGAGGAGCUCGAGCGGGCAAAGCCCAAGGGGAUCUACGCGGAGUGUUUCAAGCGGCCCGAGAGCUGGGGUCCGAACCCGUUUCCCGACGACGACCUGAGCACAGCCGACACCGAUAGCCAGGACGACUGGAAUCCGUUUGAGGGGGUCGAGAACUCCGGCGGCAAGGGCAAGUGCAAGGGAAAUGGCAAGGGCAAGGGCAAGCCCGAGCCCGAGCCCACGGCUGUAGUCAACGACGAGGAGAAUGUUCUCGGGGAGAUGGAGGACGACGGCGAGGAAGAGGAGCCGGUGGAGCCGCACGGAGACCGUGUCGUCUACGAUGUGGCCGGCCGCAGGUUGCUGAGGAACUUCGAGAACGAGGAUGAAUACGCGGCUAUGCUCAAGGCGACAGGGCCUGACGACCCAGAGGAGGCUGCGGUCCGGCCCUCAAAUAUCAGCGCCGGGGAGUGGAAGAACCUCCUGCCAAAGGAGAGGACCCGACUGAUCGAGCGAAGCUACUUCUACGCCUUCGUCUGCAGCUACCGCAUGUUCGCCGCGUACACCAUUGCCUUCGGCAUCACUGCGUACCUGGUCAUCACUAUGGUCCAAAUCGUCGAACCCGGCUGGUUUAAUCCUGUCGACACAUCUCUGGACCAGAUUUGGAAGGGAAUUGAGGACCGUAUCCUGGGAUACAAUUGGGUCAGAUAA